AUGGUCCGUUUAACCGCUGAUCUGAUCCUCGAGUCGCCGCAGUAUUUCAACGCGGUGCGAGAACGAGAAAUUGAUCUGAGAGGGAAUAAGAUCGCAGUCAUUGAGAAUCUCGGAGCCACAGAGGACCUGUUUGACAGCAUCGACCUGUCAGACAACGAGAUUGUGAAGCUGGAGGGGUUCCCGCUGCUGCGGCGGCUCUCCACGCUGCUGCUCUGCAACAACCGCAUCACCCGCAUCAGCCCCCAGCUAGGUACCCAACUCCCCAAGCUGCAAACUCUAGUUCUCGCCAACAACCGUCUCACCAACUUGGCAGAUCUAGAUCCGCUUGCGUCCCUCGCCCACUCGCUCACCUCGCUCUCUCUCCUCGACAACACUGUUGUCAAGAAGCCCAAGUACCGCCUCUACGCCAUCCACCUGCUGCCCAACCUGCGUCUGCUCGACUUCCGAAAGGUCAAGCUGAAGGUGUGUUGGCUUGUGUAUGCCUCCCUCCCCCUCUCCCAUUUCUACCCCUCCCUCACCUCGCUCUCUCUCCUCGACAACACCGUCGUCAAGAAGCCCAAGUACCGCCUCUACGCCAUCCACCUGCUGCCGAAACUGCGUCUCCUCGACUUUCGCAAAGUCAAGCUGAAGGAGAGGCAGGAGGCGGAGGCAACAUUUGGAAAGGACAGAGCAGCAGCAGCUGCGGCCAAGCACGUAUCAGCCAACACGUUUCUCCCUCCCUCCCCUCCCUCCCCUCCCUCCCCUCCCUCCCCUCCCUCCCCUCCCUCCCCUCCCUUCCCUCCCCCCCACCUGCAGGAGAGACAGGAGGCAGAGGCGACAUUAGGAAAGGACAGAGCAGCAGCGGCAGCAGCCAAGCACAUAUCAGCCAACACGCAAGAAGGCGAGGCAACUUUCGGAAAGGACAGAGCAGCAGCAGCGGCUAAGCGCGUAUCAACCAACACGUUCGUGCUUCUCCUCCUUCCUUCCCUCCCUCGCUUCCCUCCAUCCCUCCCCUCCCUCCCCUCCCUCCCCUCCCUCCCUCCCGUCUCUCCCCUCCUUCCCUCCCUUCCCUCCCUCCCCUCCCUUCCCCCCCUCCCACCCUUCCCUCCCUACCCUCCGCUCCCUCAGGAGAGGCAAGAGGCAGAGGCAACAUUCGGAAAGGACAGAGCAGCAGCAGAGGCGGCCAAGCGUGUGUCAGCCAACACAUUUGUGCCUGGCGAGGCACUUGCAGAAGCAGGGGGAGCUGGAGGGGGAGGGGAAGGAGCAGCUGGUGGUGCUGGUGAUGGUGGGAAGGAAGGAGGGGAGGGGGCGGGGGCGGGUGCUGCUGCAGCAGCAGCGAAAGGGCCGACACCAGAGCAGAUCACUGCUAUCAAGGUGAUUGAUUACAAGUUCCAUCCAUGCGUAAAGGUGAAGGUUCUCAUGGCGAACAAUAUAUGCUAUAGCUGA